AUGCUCAGCGGUAAAAGAAAACACCAAGCGGGAGGCUUCAAAACUAUGGAGUUGCGCAUCACGCCGCGGGUGGUGCAGCGCGGCAGGAACGUGACUAUGGCCUGCAUCCAUCAAAUACACGACAGCGAAAUCUACUCCUUACAAUGGUACAAAGGAACGCAGGAGUUCUACAGGUACACGCCGCUAGAGUCCCCAACCACCAGAGUAACUCCUGUAAACGGGAUCAAAGUUGACAGGCUCAACUCGAACGAAACACACGUGGUGCUUCUGCGCGUAACGCCAAACCUCAGCGGCAACUACAGCUGCGAAGUCAUCCAAAACGCGCACACUUUCCCGCACUACACCGCCUCAGCGAGACUCGAUGUCGUGGGUAUCGGCGGCCUGCGGGCCACGGAGCUGAGGAUCUCGCCGCCGGUAGUGCAGCGCGGUUCCGACGCGACCCUCGCCUGCCUCUACGAGCUGACGGACGCCCCGCUCUACUCCGUCAAGUGGUACAGGGGCAGGCACGAGUUCUACCGCUACUCGCCCACCGAGCAGCCGGCCACCAAGAUAUUCCCGUUCGCCGGCAUCAACGUUGACCUGGCCCGCUCGAAUCAGAGCCAAGUCGUACUGACAAGAGUGAGUUUCGGCCUCUCUGGGAACUUUAGCUGUGAGGUAACCGCUGAUGCGCCCUCUUUCGCCACAUCAAUCGUCUCCAACAACAUGGAAGUUGUCGUCCUUCCACCGGCGUCUCCAGUGAUUCACACAAGCCAACAUUACUACACGCCCGGGGAUAUACUGAGGGCGAAUUGUUCGUCUGGACCGAGUCGACCCCCAGCCGACCUGACUUUUUACAUCAACGAUAUCCCGGUGUCGCCGGGGCUGCACAACGUUCAUCCGGCCCCUGAGGGACUGUUCCGCUCGGAGCAGCACGUCCAGAUGCAGCUGUGGCCGGCGCAUUACGAGCGCGGCGCCCCGAUACUGCGCUGCGAGGCCAAACUAGGGGACCUUUACAGGGACAAUUCGGCCGUCGCCCUGUAUUCGGCCAACAGCGAUCCGAAGAUCGAGCGCGUGACCUCGCCAGGUUCCGCCGCCAAACUGCAAACGUGCCAAGUCCUGAUGUUGCUCCACAUUGUCCUUUGGGCCCACAACACA